AUGGCGAAAAGCAUAGAAGACUACACGCACAGCGACAAAAGGCCGCGAAGCACCAGCCGCUCUACCGUGGUUCCCGCGCAUUUUGCGCUCCACAAGCCGGGAUGUCACUUCGAGAGUUGUUGCGGGAUCUGCAACCUGUUCCCAGGGGUGCUACUGAUUGCGUUCUGCCAGGUUCUAGUAGGUUCCAUCUUGCUUACGCUGAUUCUGACCCAUGGGAAGGCGUAUGAUGAAAUGCACCAUACCGCUACGUCACAGUUUAUGAGUGUAGCGACGGGCACAGUGCUGAGUGGGCUCAUCGGAGCGGGCGUGCUUCUCAUUAUUGUAGCACUCACCGAAAACUGUCGAGCCAUGUUGGUGUAUCUCCUGGUCGCAACACUAGUUUGGUUCGGAGUAAUAUCAUUGGCCGUAACUAAGAUUGGACGAGCUUGUGUCAGAUUUCAAAAUGCCCCAAAGAUAAAGGACGAUCAGCACAGACUGGACAAUUUGGCGUGCGUCAGUGGAUUGUUCACUUUCCUUGGAGCUGUGGUGUACUUCUUCUCGUUUAUGGUGGUUUUCAGUUUCUAUCACUUCAGAUAUGUGCGCCGCGCCAUUUUGUUGCACGAAGCAGAAUGCAACUAA